AUGGAAGCCGUUUACACAAUGGACGAGACACUGACAACAUUCCCAGAGUGGAACCUGGACGGCACCACGACCGACGGCUACUCAAGCCUGACGGGUCAGCAAGGCAGCCCCAAGAAACGCAAGUUCGAUUUAGUCACCCAGAACAUGCAGUCCCCGCAUCCCGACGAGGCACUCAAGGGCCUGGCCUGCCUCCAGGUGUUCGCGACUAGAGAGCUGCUCUCGAGCGAGAUGGAGCAGGCCAUCGCGGCCACCCACUCCCGCUUCCCCACGUACCAGCGCCAUAACCUGGACUCUUGGAUGAAGAAGAUUACGUCCCGUGCCUGGACGUCAACCUGGAAGUACCUGGCCCCGAGGGUCAUGGCACUAAUCGAGAAGACUGGAGGGAUCGAGAAGUGGAUGGCAGCGACAUACCACCAGCGUAUCAAGGUCUUCUACGACCACUUCGACGCCGCGCCGUACUGCCUCUCGCAGAAGACAUUCUCCGUCACCAAGCAGGGGCUCAAUAUCGAGAGCAUCCUGGGAAGCGACACCAAUUGCCCCGCCGACAAGCUCGCCCUCGCCAAGUCCAUGCAUUGGCUCCUCCGAUACCACUUCGUCCUUCAAUACAACAUGAAGUGUCACACCUCAAGUCUUCAAGAUCGGAUACAAGGGCAUUUCCAACCGCAACCCGAACUACGCGAUGCACGGCGUGCCAACCAGCUGGAAGAGUUACCCCGUGCACUCCUUGCUCGACUACAAGUACUAGGCACCAAAUACGCCAGCAGCUCUCGAUGGCCUAGAGAAGGCGAAGCCGGUCACGACCACCUUUGA